AUGAGCUUAGCAGUGCCCCCCUCCCCUCCCCAGGGCCAAGCGACCGGUUCCCUGGACGCCUCCAGGACGCACCUUUUUAUUCUCUUCCAGUACGAGCAGUACCUUGGUCAUGUACCUACCUGUAGCCUCUACAGUAUGCACCUGCUGCUCACCGCGACCGAGUACGGAGGGCUCGUCCACGUCCACGUCGGAGCCGUUUUUCACGUCCGAGUCCUCUUCGUCAUCCACUUGGCCUUGCUCGUCCGAGUCCUCGUACGAACCAGCAUCCGGGUUUUGCCCAUCGUCAUCGCAGCAACCUCGCAGCUCCCGACGGAGCGGCGACCAGGCCUGGUCCCUGUUGAUCUCCCCUUGUCCGGGUUAAUCUUUCCCUGUUGGUGGAUGCCUGAAAAUCAAAUCCACGGCCACGCGAUCCCGACCCGCCAACGCCGACGUCUGCCGUCAAACGCUCAAGACGACUCGUCAUACGUGUACGUGUACGUGUACCUGCAGCCGUCAUCCAUCUACCUGCUACUACGAGGUCCCCCCCCCCCUCUCCUCCCUACUUCUGCUGGAAGCCCCCUGGGAAAUCAUAUCCUCGUGCCUCAUACGCCUGCCCUCGCCUCGCCCACCUCAGUCAUGGCCGCAGGAAAAGUUCUCGUUUACCUCCUGAGGCGGGACCUCAGGAUCGCGGACAACCCAAUCUUGCACCAUCUUGCAACCUCGACGGACCACGGAUUCACUCACUUACUCCCCAUCUACGUCUUUCCCUCUCUUCAAAUCGAGGUCUCGGGCUUCGUAAAAGACGGCGAGUCGUCGCCCUACCCCGAGGCUCGGAGUCGAGUGGGAAAGUACUGGCGAUGCGGUCCGCACCGGGCCAAGUUCCUCGCCCAGUCAGUCUGGGACCUCAAGGACAGUCUAGAGCGCCUGAGCAGCGGCCUUCUCGUUCGAGUGGGCGACGUUCGCGACGUGCUUGAGCAUCUGCUGGAGGCCUUCGGGGCCGCGCCCGCCGCGCCCGCCGUCGAUGCCGUCUGGAUGACGGAAGAGCUGUCCUCGGAGGAGAAGCACGAGCAGGAUGCAGUCGCUGCCUUGUGCUCCGAAAGCGGAGUUGAUUUCAAACUCUGGCCUGACGAGAAAUACUUUGUCGACGACCGGGACACGGGUCUGGUCGGGUACGGAGACUUGCCCGACAUUUUCACCUCCUAUCGCAAGCUGCAAGAACCCUUGCGGGAGCGGCCUCGUGCCGCCAUGCCGCCUCCUGAAGCCUCGUCCUUGCCCCCCUUUCCGGCUGCCUCCUGGAUCCCCCCGCAGCACCACCCCUUUUGCGUGCCACAGAGCCUCGACGACCUCGAAGCUCGACUCCUCGAGCCCCUCGACGACAUCGUGGCCAACCCUCCUCCGUUCCCCCCCGGCGCCACCUCCGGACAUCCCUUCCGCGGUGGUGAGACGGCAGCCUUGGACCGUCUACGCCACCUCAUCGAGUCCGGCGCCAUGACGUCGUACCAAACCACGCGCAACGGCCUUUUGGGGUUGGAUUUCAGCACCAAGCUGUCGGGCUAUCUAGCCCUCGGCUCCCUUUCGGCCCGACGGAUUCACCAGGAGUUGCUCGGGUUCGAAGAUGGGACCGAUCCGUCCUACGAAGCGGCCGACGGCUUCGGCAAGGGUGAGAACGAGGGGACGGCGGGCGUACGCUUCGAAUUGCUGUGGCGGGACUACAUGCGGCUGUGCACGGCCAAGUUUGACACCAAGCUGUUCAGCCUCGCCGGUUUCAAGCAGGAUGCAAGUUACGACAAGAAGUGGAAGACGGCCGACGAGAAGGCGGCGACGGCGAGCCAGGAGCCUUCGGCCGAGAAGAUAUCGAGCAUCCUGGAGAGGUUCCUGACGGGAACGACGGGCAUGGGCCUCAUAGAUGCCUCCCAGCGCGAGCUCUUCCUCACCGGAUACACGUCAAACAGGGCGCGGCAGAACUCGGCCAGCUUCCUCGCCAAGCAUCUCAACAUCGACUGGCGGUACGGAGCCGAGUGGUACGAGAUGCAGCUCAUCGAUUACGACGUGUCCUCGAACUGGGCAAACUGGCAAUAUAUCUCGGGCGUCGGGAACGAUCCUCGGGGCGACGCCCGCAUCUUUAACCCCGUCAAGCAAGCGUUCGAGUAUGACAAGGAGGGUGCCUACGUUCGCACCUGGGUGCCGGAGCUUGCAGGCCUCGAGAAGGAUGAGAACGUCUUCCAGGUGUGGACGACAGACACGUCAGAGUUGGAACAGUUGGGGCUCAAAGACAACAUGAUGGCGACGGAUCCGAUCAAGCGGAUUGAAUUUACCGUCGACCGGAAGCCGAGGGGGCCCCGACGACCAUUUUCCCGGCGACGAGGUCGAGGACGGGCACGAGGGCAAGGACAGAGCGGUGGCCGAGGACAACGCGGACGCGGUCCAGGGCGGAAUGGCUCGAGCUCCAACGUGGAUGCCGAUGCCGAUGCUGACGGCAACGCGGAUGCCGAGGGUACCGCGGGCCAAGGCUCGUCAGAUGCGGCCAAUGUCGUUCGCAGCACGAGCCCUCCGAGGGGCGCUCCGAGGGGUCCUCGCCGGGGAAUAUAUUUUCGCGGCAGGCACAGCCGGUUCGGUGGGAGAGCCGGCAGAGGCGGUUACAACAACAGCGGCGCGAGAGGACGAGGCUACUACGAAGCCCAAGUCGAGCACCCGCAGGGAGGCUACGGUCCGGGAGGCGGGAUGGUCGUGGGCUAUCCGGCUCCCAUGUACUAUCCGCAGCCGCCAAUGUAUGGUCCGCACCCGGGCAUGCCGACGGGCAUGGGCCCGAUGAUCUGA